AUGGUGAUGGUAGGAGAAGCAUCCAUGGAACUAGACCAAAACUUUCAAAAGAUGAAGAUGGAAGGAAUCUCGAUCAAAGAGUGGAAAGAUAUCCCUGUUGAGCUUCUUAUGAGGAUCCUUUCCCUUGUCGAUGAUCGGAAAAUCAUCAUUGCUUCUGGUGUUUGUAGUGUGGGUGUUGAGUUUCCAGUGUCUUUGAUUAAAGGGUGCAACAACAACAUGAACAGCUUGGUUCUUUCUAUUGCUCCUAAGUUUGUAAAGCUGCAGACUUUGAUACUGCGUCAGGACAAACCGCAACUAGUGGAUAAUGCAGUGGAGGCUAUAGCAAAACACUGCCAUGAGCUACAAGAGCUUGAUCUCAGCAAAAGCUUGAAACUUACUGAUCGUUCGCUUUACGCCCUUGCUCAUGGUUGCCCUAACCUCACAAAACUCAACCUUAGCGGAUGCACCUCAUUCAGCGACACUGCUAUUGCGUGUUUGACCAGAUUCUGCAGAAAGCUUAAAGUUUUGAAUCUGUGCGGAUGUGUCAACGCUGUUUCUGACCAUGCCUUGGAGGCUAUUGGGAAUAACUGUAACCAGUUGCAGUCACUUAACUUGGGAUGGUGUGAGAAUAUCAGUGAUGAUGGGGUUAUGAGUUUAGCUUAUGGCUGCCCGGAUCUCAGGACCCUGGACUUGUGUGGCUGUGUUCUCAUUACAGAUGAGAGUGUGGUAGCUUUAGCAAACUGGUGUGUCCACUUGAGGUCGUUGGGAUUAUACUACUGCAGAAACAUAACGGACAGAGCGAUGUACUCACUAGCUCAAAGCGGGGUAAAGAACAAACCAGGAUUAUGGAAAUCGGUUAAGAAAGGCAAAUACGAUGAAGAAGGGCUGAGAAGUCUCAACAUCAGCCAAUGCACUGCCCUUACACCGUCAGCGGUUCAAGCAGUUUGCGAUACCUUUCCCGCUCUUCACACAUGUUCGGGAAGGCAUUCGCUUGUCAUGAGCGGUUGUCUGAACUUAACAUCUGUGCACUGUGCUUGUAUUCUUCAAGCUCAUCGCACGCACAGCUCGGUUCCUUAUCCGGCUCAUUGA